AUGGAAAAACCAAGCAAAGGAAAUAGUGUAAACAAAGAUGACGAAAACUCUCAGAAAAUUGUUUCCGAUGAAAUUUAUUAUAUAGUAAAAUUAAAGAAAUGGUUUAAAUCUUGGGAGUAUCUUCAAUCGUCAUCUAAUGUUCACUCUAUCAUUAUUUGUUUGCUGUCACUUGCAGUUGGUAUAUUUCUUUAUAUCGCCGAGAAAAAUAAUAUGAUGUCAGAAGUUAGAAGUAUUAUUUCUACCUCUAUUUUUGGAACAGGGAGCCUCGCCACACUCUUAGGCAGUUUAUUCGCUCUUAAAAACAUUUUAUAUAAAAGUAGAUUAGAUACACUAGAUGUAUUAUUUGAUAAAGAAGAAAAGGUCCCUCGAAGAAAGAUCCAAUGGGCUGUUAAAAGUCGAAUAGAUCAUGUGAAAAUUAUUGUCAAUUACGAAAAUGAGUUUUUGAGUGAACUUCUUGAGGAAGUAAAGGAUAUAUUUGUGAAAAUGAAAGAUACGCAUGCGAGUAAUUUUAUGGCUGAGAUUGCAAAGUGUUAUAAAAUUAGAGAUAUGAAAUUCAUAAAUGAGUUGUUAAAUGAGCUAUCAAAUUUUGUACAUCCUAAAAAAGAAGGUACUAAUGCUACGAACAACGAAAAAAAGGAAAUAAGUAUAAUUGAAAUUACAAAUAUUGAAGAGAAUGAACUAAAUGAUGAACACGACAAGCAUAUGGAUAAGAUUGCAAAACAAAAAAAAUUAAUUGAAAUUGCAAGGAAUGUUCUAAAUAAUAAACAUGAUGAACACAUGAAUAAGUAUAAAGAAGCAAAUCAGAUGUUAAUAGAUAUGUUAGAAAAAACUAUAAUGAAACAUGCAGCACAAAUAAAAGACGCAAAAGCAAUUAUUAAAUUGAUAAAUAUGGUCUUAAAUGUUGAAGAAAAAAUUGCAAAUGAGCAAAUUAAAAAUAUAAAUGCAAGUAAUAAAAUGGUUGAAAUAAUAACCAAUUACAAGAAUGAAGAUAUGACAUUGAUAGAUACAUUAAUAUCGAAUAUGACGAAGAAGAAUAUGAAGAAGAUAGAUGAUGAAACAUAUAAUAAAAAAGAUGAAGACGAAAUAGCAGAAAAGGAUACAAAAAAGAAUGCUAAUAAGAAAAAAGAUAAAGAAACAUGCAAUAAAGAUGAUGAAGACAGAAUAGAGGAAGAGGAUAUAAAAAAGAAUGCUGAUAAGAAAAAAGAUAAAGAAACAUUUAAUGAAGAAAAAAUUGAAAACAGAAUAGAAGAAGGGAAUACAAAAUGGAAGACUAAUAAUAACAAAGAUUAUGAAGUGAAGGAUACGAAAAAAAAUACAAAUGAAAGUG